AUGGUAACAGAGGAAUCCUCGUCUUUCAGUUUUAGCUCGGGUGAUCCUAGCCUACCAUGUAUCUACAGUGGAGUACCCUAUAUGCAUGGUGAAUCGUGGAAACUUGACGUGUGCACCCUUUGCAGCUGUGACAAUGCUACAGUUACCUGUGUCAUCGAGAGUUGCCAGGCCGCCUUCUGUGUAGAACCCAUCAAACCGGAUGGAGAAUGUUGCUACUACUGCCCAUUCAAUGUCAAAGUAAAAUUUGUAAAACCCAAGAUAACCAGUGAGGGCACCAUUGCCGAGGGAAGGGAGAAUCAAAUCUCCCUCGAUGUGCCGAUCAAAUUCCAGGAACUCAGGGAAACGACGGGUGUCUCUGGUGAGAACUUGUGGACUCUAAGUGCAUGGACAUCACCCAACCAAGACGGCAGAGGACAGAGGUAUGGAUACCAAACAAACAUAUUGAAUGAUGAGCAGAUGGGACAGACUUAUACCAAGAAACAAGGUUUCAAGUUUACGCCUUUGCAGUAUUCUUUUCACGAUGUAAUGUCAGAAUGUAACAACAUGAAAUACAUCUGCACUAUGAUUGGCAAAAGUGAAAUGCCCCGCACAACAGGAAACUUACCUUUCGAAUUAUCAGGAUUCCCUGACGAGAUCGCCCUCACCGGCUGUACCGAAGCUCCUGAAUGCCAAGGAAUCGCCGCCCGCGAUAUUGAAUGGAGUCUUGAACUUCUUGGGAUGGCCAUCGCUGGUCAGGCAACAUCUGUCGGCCUCAGUAGCACGGUGUUCUUCAGGGAAAACAACACGGAGAUUUCAGGUCAGGGGCUAUGGCGAAUGGGUAUAUUCGGUAGCAGAGACGCCGGGGGAAGUGGAGAACGUUUCAGUUACGUUUCACAAACACUAAGCGAAGAGCAGCAAGCCAAGACGCUGAUUGAGAACACACCGCUGAACCUGACUAACGUUGAAACCCUCUUCGAGAUUGGUUCCGUAGGCUGUAACGACUUUGGUUUUAUCUGUGUUGAAUUCACCGGUGGCGAUGGUCCUAACCCGUAUUACUUCUUCCGGAAAGAAGGCGCCGUGGAUGCUUCGAGGUCAGCAAAUACCAUCACGAAAUGUAAAGAACAAGAAUGUUUGUCAAAGGCCAUCUUCUCGGAUCUUGAGGUCGAUCUCGGAGACCAGGUUCUAAAUGAAAACAAGAACAACCAUCUAACUGUUGAUAUAACUGGCAUCACUACAAAUGACUCCAAGAACGUUAUGGGAGGAAAUCUAUGGAUGCUUGGUGUGUACGGCAGUAGGAAUCCUUUCGGCUCUGGUCCCAAGACAGGAUUCAUUGAACAAGCUCUAAAUCCCACCGCUGCCGCUACUACCCUGAGUGAAGGCGAAAACCUAUCCCUAGGGGAAAUCGUGAAGCUUUCUACCUUUGUUUCGACCUAG